AUGUUCAAAGCUGUUAGAAAUCUAUACAUUAGAAGAGGAAAAACUUUAUUUGACCUUGAAUUUGAGAAGAUGUCAACUGAUGAAUUUAUCAUGAAUACUCCUUUGAGGAAUAUAUAUGAUCUUUGGCAAAUUAUGAAGCCUCAAUUUGUUAUCAUACUUGGUACUAUUACUGGUAUCGAUAAGCAGUUUGGUUGGCACUAUAUGGAGUGUCCUAAAUGUUUAAUCGAGGCUGGUACAGAUUUUAUAGACAGCCCGAGUAUGGAGGAACAAUUUUUCUAUGUGUGCAAGAACCCUAAUUGUGAUGAAAGUGUUAUAUAUCCAGUUCCAAGAUUCAAAAUAAAAGUUCAAGUGGAAGACAACAGUGAUGAUGUUCCACUGAUAUUAUUUCAUCCUCUGGUUGAUGAAAUCAUUGAAAAAGUUGUUCUCAAGUCAGCUGAACAAUUGUUUCAAGAAAAUAUAACACCUGUUGUUGAGAAAGUAAUCUUUCCCGUGGAUUUAAACAACUUGAUUGGAAAGAAGUUUGCCUUUAAAAUUGAGAUAACAACUUAUAAUCUUACUAACUUUGAUGAGAUGUAUUUUGUCACGAACUUGACUGAUGAUGAGUCAAUUAUUAAUAAGCUCAAAGAAAAGAUGAAGAUUACGGAGGUAAAUGAUAAAGAAUUUAUAAAGAAGAAAAGUCACAUCCCAAGUGUGAAGGACGAUGAUGUUAACACAAGUUGUGAUACCAAUAAGAAUAAAAAACGUACAUUGGAUGACGUCUACAUGUCUUCAACUUCAAGUACUUUCAAGAGUUUGGAGAAAGUUAGCAAGAAAUUAAAUUAG